AUGGCCGGCCGCAAACGUAACACUGAGGAGAAGGACGAGGAGUACCGCAUGAAACGCCAGAAAAACAAUGAAGCCGUGAAUAGGACGCGCCAGAAAAAACGCGAGGAGGAAACGAACACGACAAAGCGCGUCGAUGAGCUGCGCAAAGAAAAUGCUGAGUUGGAGCGAAAAGUGGAAAGCCUGCAGAAUGAGCUCAAGUUCCUGAAAGAGAUGUUUGUCGCCUACGCCGCCGGGAAUAAGCGCAAGAACAGUGAGGUGGAGGCCACGAAUCUCCCGGGCCCAAGCGGAAGUCGCCGU